ACAGAGAACGCUGUCGUCAUCCAGGCGAGAACACACCAGCCAUGGCGCAGGGGAACCACUUACUAACCAUCCCCAAACAAGAGGGGCUUUUCACGACCAUUAAGAACGAUGACUCCCCCGUCGAAGAUGACGAUGAGGAAGAAACCGAGGAAGACGUGUGCUUCAUACCGCGGUGCUCUCCUGUACCGCGAAAACGCGGCCCGUCCAUUAUAGACGAGACGGCCGAGUAUAUGCGGAUUCGCCUCGCCCUUCCGCAGAGGAGAGUGUCUUUCGCGGACGCCGCCGGAGGAGAUCUGGUCGACGUGCGCGAGAUCGCCGUGUUCGACACAGCCGACGAAGAGGACAACGCUGACUGGGAGGAAGAAGAGGCGAAGUAUCGCAGAGCUUAUCUCCAGCCCGUGUACCGCGUCUGGCCCGAGUUCCAGGCGCGUGCGGAAAGCGACCUGACGCUCGCGGUGCGCGCUAAUAAAGUGGAAGUGGAGAAAGUGACCGCCGUGCAGGACGAGCCGCUCGCCUUCGACGCGCUUAUCUGCGUGCUGAACGUUUCUUAUCACAAAUGCGUCUACGUCCGGUCCACCAUGGACGGCUGGAUCACUCACACUGACUCAGCCGCCGAGUACGUGCAAGGAUCCCACGACGGCGAUACCGACAAGUUUUCGGCCAGGCUGUCCUUCGUCGAGCCGUACCUCUUCAAUGGAGCACGGAUCGACUUCGGCGUGCGUUAUGAAACGUCUGAUGGGGAGUUUUGGGCGAACAAUUCGGGCAGGAAUUAUUCAGUUACCCUUGUCGUGUCCUAUGAGGAAGACACGGUCCCGGUUAAUAAGGUAGACGAUCGAGAAAUUAAAGGCAUACUGAAGCCUCCACGGUACAGAGCAGAGGAUGACUUCUAUCCGGAUACUGAUGACGGGAAUGGAGAUACUGCAAUUUUCUCACCUGUGUGUCCGCUUGUUAUUGAGCCAGAGAUCGACAUUGAGAUUCCCGAAGCUUCGAUUUCUUCCUCUAAAACUAAAGACGACCCUACAAUAGCAGAAUGCCCUCUUCUAAGUGCUGACAGACAAGAUGAAUAUCCUCUACAGGAUUUACCUACAAGUCCAUCACAAACAGGCCAUCUAGAAAAAGGCCAAGGCAGAGAAAUACUAAUACCCACUGAGAACAUCACAUUUUCCAUUCAGAAUGAAGCCCCAGAUAAUGACCGGGCACCUAAUUCUGACAGACAUUUUGUGCAUUCUGCCGAGUCCAACCAACCCUUUUGUCCAAACCAAGAUAACCCCGAAUCAGACACUGCAGUCCAAGAACCUUUUGAUUUAGACAUAACUUUACCAGCCAUGUUUCCAAGCAUUCAAGAUAUGGGGGAAGACCACAGAGAGAAUGAUGAAAUACAGCCUGGAGAGAGGAGAAUGACACAAUUGCAAGGCCAGACCAGUGAUAUGGAAAUGGAAAUUGACAACACUGAUUCUUCAUUACAAGAGCUGCUAGAAUCAACACAGCAAUGUUCCUUAAUGGAAUUGAUCACUGCCAAUGCAAGUAAAGGCGAUGGAGAUUUUGGUCAUAGCACGGGUGAUGACAUCUUGUUUGAAGAAUCACAUGAGCCCUUAUUGGAGAAUCCUGAAAAGCAGAUGAUCAGAAGGGAAACCAGAGAAAAGGAACAAGCAGGUCUAAUGGUAGGGGAAGAACCAGACAUGAUUGCAUCUAGUAUGAGGAAACCAUUUGAACCCACCGACUUGGGGCAGACCAGAGAGGACAUAGUGACCCAAAAUGUUCCCAGCCCUCCAAGAUCACCUGACCCAGAGUUAGCCAAAUAUCAACAGCCAGGCCAGGGGCCAGUGCCUGAAGUGAAGGAGGUACCUGAAGUCCUUUCUGUAAAUGUAGACAUUCCAUCUGGCUCUGAAUGCGCAUCUCCUAAAGAGGAGAGCCCAAUGCUAACAUCUAUUUCUAGUGCAACAGUGACAUCCCAAAGUUUAUCCACCAUUGUGCAAGCAGUGGCACCUGAGGCUGGAAAACCUUCCAUGACACAGGAGGAUCCUUUAUUUAAUGAAGAGUUUGAAUUGCACUACAAUGACCCUGCUUCAAUUAAGAAACAAGAGGUCACCAUUUCCAGUUCCCGCUGUUUUUUGUCCUCGGCCUAAAUACUUAAUAAGGCCUGAACCUCGUCGUCGGUCCAUUGGUCAUAUUUUUUAAAGAAACUCCAUUGUGUUGAUUCAAAUCACAAUAAACAAAUGUUACUGUACGUACUGCAACAUACUUUUUAAAACGGUGUUUGGGAAAAAAACAAUCAGCAUGUUCAGCGAACAAGUACCACGCCCCCCCAAAGUUCCUAAACUUUGAAAAAGUAUCACCUCCCGAGUAGGGACUUUCUGAGGUAUAUUUUACCCGGAAUUUAGUUUAGACCUGGUCCCUGCGGUGGAACACACAGAGUACCUCCAAAAGUCCCUAGUUCCUAGCGAAAGUUCCUGUGGUGGAAAGACAGCUUAUGAAUAAUUCUUGGAUGGUAAUCUGUCCUGCCACUAGGAAACCUUGUCUGUAGCACUGGCACUCCACUGGCACUUACUUUUCCUUCUUGUGACAUUUGAGACCUGAUCAAAUAUACAGAGAAUCGACCAAGUGUGGUAAUUGUUUUGCAGACACUUAAGUUUUGAAUGAAUGAUAUUAUGAAUGUGACCUGAUUGCUUCUCCUUGAUCUAUGUUUUUUUUUUUUUUUAACCGCCCCCCCCCCCCCCCCCCAACAUAGAUUCCUGGCCAUGUAAGAAAGAUUUAAGACUUAUUAAGUAAUCAACAUAAUAGUGCUAAAGAAAGUAACAUAUUGUUAAAGAAGGUUAUACAGUGUUCGAAGUUCUAGUCAGAAAUUUAUGAAAACUGACCAUCAGUGGCUUAAUUGUGGUAAGUAUAUUCAGGUACAACAUAAUCAACCUAUCUGCUUUCUUCCAUGUAGCGUCAUGAUACAGAAAGUGUUGAUAUGGGUGCAGGCUUUAAUUACAGUGGUUACACACUGGGAGCAUAUUCACAAAGAAGAGAAAUGGCAGGGUUGACCCCUUUGUUCCAAAUGAUGGCAUACUUAAAGAAUGAAUAUCGACAGGGCUUGGCUAAUGUGGUAGUAGUAAAAUGAUAUCUUAAUGUCAUAAAUACAAUUGCAAUCAAAAUUAUUCAACCCCUAUUGCAAAUUAGGUUUAUUGUCAAAAGUUACAGACUUUCAGCUGUUUGCAAUGAACAAAUCAAAACAAAAGCAAUUGAAAUAGUUCAACACGAUGAAUGCUUCAAGUGGUUUCCCCAAAUUCAACUGAAAAUGCAAGUUAUAAUGAUUUCUCCAGUUUCUAAAUUAUUCAAUCCCUUCAUGGCAAACAUCUUUAGUACUUAGUAGUACAUCCUUUUGCUGUUAUGACCUGCUACAAAUGAGAUACAUAGCUUCUGACAGCGUUCCUGAGGAAUCUUAGCCUCAUGAACAAUGGCCUCCAGUUCAGUAAUAUUCUUGGGUUUGCGUGCUGCAACCACCUUCUUCAAAUCCCACCAGAAAUUUUCUAUGGGACUUCAAGUCAGGUGACUGUGAUGGCCCUGUAGAAUCGUCCAGGCCUUCUUCUGCAACCAAGCCUUGGUGGAAUUUUAGGUAUGCUUGGGCCCAUUGUCCUGAUGGAAGGUCCAAUGAUGUCCAAGCUUCAGCUUCCUCACAGAUGGCAUAACGUUUUCUCCUACGAUUUCCUGAUACUUCAAUGAAUCCAUCUUGCCUUCCACAUGCUGCAGGUUUUCCAGGAUGGAAAGCAGCCCCAGAGCACCACCAAGCCACCACCAUGCUUAACUGUGGACAGAGUGUUCUUUCCUCUUCCUCCACCGUGCCGAAAAGUUUUGUUUCUUCGCUCUACAGAACAGAAUCCCAAAACUUCUGUGGCUUAUUUGAUAUGAUUUUGAGCUGACUUUUCUUGUGCUUUUAGGUCAGUAGUGGUGUACGUCUUCUGUUCUUGCAUGGAAAACUUCUGCAUUUAGUAUGUGCCAUACUGUGCUCAUUGAAACCUCAAUGCCUGUUGCCACCAAGUCUUGCUGCAGGUCUUUUGCUGUCACUCAAGGGUUUUUCACAACUUGCCUUCUCAGGAAUCUGGUUGCAGCCGUUGAUUGCUUCAUUUUUCUGCCCUGUCCAGAUAUUUCAUAUAUUUUCUACACUAGCCAGUUCAGGUAUUUCAUGUGUUCCAGCUCAAGUGCACCUUUUGCAACCAAUGAAGUCCUUGAUUAGUUGCAUCAGGUGUGCUUGAGACAACACCUGUUUUGCAUAUUUGUGCUGUUGUGAGGGAUUCUAUACAGGGGGUUGAAUAAUUUUGAAACUGGAGAAAUCAUAAUAAGUUGCAUCUUCAGUUGAAUUUGGGGAAACCACUUGAAACAUUCAGUGUGUUGAACUAUUUCAAUUGCUUUUGUUUUGAUUUGUUCAUUGCAAACAGUUGAAAGUCUGUAAAUUUUGACAAUAAAUGUGAUUUGCAAUGGGGGUUGAAUAAUUUGAUUGCAACUGUAUAAAAUGAAAAAUUAAGGUGUUGCUGACUUAUUAAAUGGAAACAAUAACCUAAACAUUCAUUAAUGACAGGAUGUUUAUUUUAAUGUACCUACAUUUAGAGUGCAUUAGAUCAAUUUACACACUAAUUAUGUAACUUCAUAUGUAACUAUACUGUAAUAAUUAAUAUAAUAUUUGUUUAUUGUAACACGACAUCAUGCAGUGGUUUUCAUUUAUGAGUUUACCAUGAUGUUUACAUCAGCCAAUCACUGUUAAUAUUCAAAAAUGAGAACUGUUGAAAAUGAGAAAUGUCAUGGAAUGUUAUGCAAUAUGUAGAAGGCAUUUAUUGUUUGAUUUAAAACAUGGCAUUUGCUGCAACUGCAAUUUUCAUGUGGCCAAGUAGUUUGAUCACCAGUGGCACUGUAUUACUUAAUAGUUGAUGUGAUUUUUAAGGUUGUCAUUAAAUAUAUGAAAUGUGUUAACUUGACUGCAUUGUUAAAUUGCAAGUUCUUUGUGAGUUUAUGUAAGCUACAACCAAACAAACAGCACUCACAAAUAAACAGUGGCAGAUAUCUAAGCGUUGUUUCUGUGCUUAUUUUACUUAGGCUAUAUUAAAAUGUAAGCAAUGUCCACAUUGGUGAAACCAAAAUGUUAGGACAAAUAUAGUUUGAAAAGGGAUGCCCUUGUGUCUUUUGUCUCUGACAUAAAAAGUUGGACUAAAGAUUGGAUGGAGGCUAACUGGUUUAAAUAGUACCAUAGGACCUAUACUGGAAACAGUAAGGGAUGCUCUGUAGGUUUGACUUCAUGUGAAAUUCUGCAAGAUAAAAAAAUUCACAAAACGGAGUUAUAUGAAACUGGGCAACAAUUUCUGGAUUCAACUAUAAUGUUAUCCCAGAAGUUAUCCAGCCACCAAUGCAUACCAGGCAAGGUUACUGCCAAAGGGGCUUCUACCACUCUUUUGGCCAAAGUGAUGACUAGCAAAAGGUCAUUUUUAGAGACACCAUUUCAGUUCUGUAUCUUGCAGACUUGUAAGGAGGGGGACUAUAAUACAAGAGGGGAGAUCCAAUGCAGGCCUCUUGGAGAACUGCUUUCAGAAAAGUUGUAAUAAGUUUGAGAACUUAGAUAGAUGCCAUCUAUGGGGGUGUAGUGUGCUAAGAUGACAGCACAUAUACCUUUAGAACAGAUGAGGACUUGCCAUUGUCUAGCACUAGAUCCAGCUGAUGGGCUGCACACCAUUUUGAAACAGUUCUACCUAAGGACAGAAUCAGUGUACUAAGGGCUAUUGUGUUCACGAGUACUUCCUGGACUGCUCAGUAACAGUUUUCAGUUGGCAACUCAUGUCAAGCCACCACACCUGCAAGUUCAGGCAACCUGGUUGAAGGUGCCAAAUCUCUGUUGUGGAGGAAAAUGCCAGGGUGUUGCAACUACAUUCAAAAGCCCUCAUGGAAACCAAGAUCUUGCUGGUCAUCUGGGGGGCCACAUACAGGACACUGUAUCCACUGUUACUAAAUGCUGAGGCUAGUCAGCGGGCAGUGCGCCUUGU